AAAAGAAGUAACACUCUUCACUUCUCUAUAUUAAAAGCUUCGCUACCAUCAUUUGCUAUCCAACAUAGGAAGAAGCCUAAUAUCUGAGUGGUGUACCUGAAAGAGUGAAAUGGCUGCAACACUUCUAACAUGUGACGUUGCAGAUGAUGAUUACAUUGACAUGGAAGUGAGCUCAUUCUCCAACUUGUGUCAUUCUGUAACCUCUCAUCAUCUACAACAUGGAGAAUUUGAGUUCCACAUGUCCUCCAUUGUUCCAGAAAAAGAAGCAAUAACUUCCCCAGCUGACGAGCUUUUCUACAAAGGAAAGCUCCUCCCUCUUCACCUUCCCCCAAGGCUACAAAUGGUUGAAAAACUCCUUCAAAACUCAAACUCUCCUUUUGAAGAGGAGAAAAAUGUUUUUGAAGAGUACUAUAGCACCCCAUUAGCCACUACUACCUACACAACACCAACCACAGGAACCCCAUUUGAAUCCUGCAAUAUCUCCCCAUCAGAUUCUUGCCAAGUUAGCAGAGAACUAAAGCCAGAAGAGUAUUAUAGCCUUGAUUACCUAGAAGAUACAACAAGUGGAUUUGUUGUUGAAAACCAGAAGAAGUCAUGGACCAAGAAACUGAAGCAGUCUUCACUCGGUUCAAAGUUGAAGGCUUCAAGGGCUUAUCUCAAGUCUUGGUUUGGAAAAUCUGGUUGCUCAUAUGAAACCUAUGCAACCUCAACAAAAGUUGCUGAUGAAGGUUCAGUUUCAAAGGCCAGGGAAAUUUUAAAUAAGCAAGCACAAGUGGUGAAGAAAAACCCAUAUGGUCAAAUUCAAAGGCAAAGAUACCAGCCCUCCAAUUCUAACAUGAGAAGCUACAAAGAAAAGACCAGUGAAGAUAGAAGUAACCAUCAUAGAAGGUCUUUCUCAGUUGGCAUCAAAUUGCUUUCAGGAAACAAGUCAUCAUCAUCACCUUCUUCCCUGUUAGGUUCAUCAUCAUUUUCACUUUCAAACAAAUCAUAUGGAUGUCAAAGUCUCAAAAGGUGCAGCAGUGUAAAUUCAGAGAUAGAAAAUUCAAUCCAGGGAGCAAUUGCACACUGCAAGAAGUCCCAGCAGAAGAAGAAUGCAAGUGAAGUAGGACUCUACUCAUUGCCUGAAUCCAGGAACUCAGUUUGUGAGGAUCAAGAAAGAGUAGUGCUUUGUAGGGGUUGAUAGCUAGGGAAUUAAAAAGUAGCUUUAUAACAUAUUUGGAUCAACUUCUUUUUCCUCAGAAUCAAUUCUAGCACGCAGAAGCUACUCAAAGAAGCUUCUCUCC